GACCAAUCGUAGGAGUCUCUACGAACAAGAGAAAGCAAAGCGUUCGCUUGAAAGCGGCAGAGGCUUACCGAUAAUGUGUAUGGACUUUUGAAAGUGUUAAAACAUUGGAUUUGAAGAUGGUUUGUGGGGGCUUCACGUGUUCAAAGAAUGCUCUGUAUUCACUAAAUGUGGUUUACAUGCUGGUGGGCCUGCUCCUCAUAGGCGUGGCUGCGUGGGGGAAAGGCUACGGCAUCGUCUCCAGCAUCCACAUCAUCGGCGGGGUGAUCGCCGUGGGCGUCUUCGUCCUCCUCAUCGCCAUCAUCGGACUCAUCAGCACCUCCAGCCACCACCAAGUCCUGCUCUUCUUCUACAUGCUCAUUCUGUUCCUGGUGUUCCUCUUCCAGUUUGGAACGUCAUGCUCCUGUCUAGCCAUCAGCAAGGAUCAGCAGGGUAAGCUGCUGAACAGCUCAUGGACCUACAUGGGCGAAGAAAUGCGUCUGAGUGUGGAGAACCAGCUGGACUGCUGUGGCUUCCUCAACACCACUGACAGCAUGGAGCAGUUCAAGAUAGACGUCAACUCGUGUAAAGCGGCGUGUAAGGAGAGUAAGGAGAAGGAAUGCUCCACCUGUGGUGACCGAAUGCUGCUGCACUCCGGCAAAGUCCUCAAGAUCCUCGGAGGAGUCGGACUCUUCUUCAGUUUCACACAGAUUUUUGGAGUGUGGCUUGCCAUGCGUUACAGGAACCAGAAAGACCCGCGGUCCAAUCCCAGUGCUUUUCUGUAGGAGCUCUGUCUCCAUGUGGCUAAAUGAGUCCAUGUUUAACACACACACACACACACACACACACUGAUAGAUUCACUCACUCUUACACACAAAGACAGACUGGAUGUGCCAAUCUAUGUUAACACCUACUCCACUGUAUGCAUUCCAUAUAAUGUCAUAAUGUGUACUGUUUAACCUAAACAGUGCUGUACAGUAUCAACCUUGGAACAUGUUAUCAGUUAGUCAUCAAAUCAUGCAUUACUGAAGUCAGGGUAACAAACACCUGCAAUAACACAAAGUUUGACUUCCUCAAGUCUGCAUCGAACUCAAGUUUCUCAAACCCCCAUUUGUUUUCGUUAAGUAGCAGUUACCAUUUUAUCACUUAAUUUUGUGCCUUGAUGAGAAGGGACAAACUGUGCCUUCUAUAAACCGCAGGUUGCUCUCAUGGAGUUAACUCCGACCACUCCCUCUCCGGCUCACACUCUAACUACACUCCCCUUAUUAUUGGUCUGUUGGGGUGGUUGGUUUAUUAUUAUUAUUAUUAUUAUUAUUAUUAUUAUUAUUAUUUUGUCGAGUUAUUUUGUUAUCAGUGACAAUCAAAACAGUUCAGUUUCUAGGCCGAACGCAUCAAACAGUAUCUCUCCUGCACAGGAGCCGGUCUGUGACCGUUCUCUGAAAGACAACUCUGUUCGCUGAGGGGACCGUCCCUCCCAUCUGUCCCCUGUCUUGACCACCCGCCAGUUAAGAUACCGAGCCGGUACAAAGGGCUCUUUUGAAUGAGGAGGAGGGUGAGAGCUAAGCUUAGUUCCUGACUAAAUGAAGUUAGCAGUGGAGCCUCUUCAUUCAACACAGUCAGUGUAGUCACUGCUAAAUUAGGCGCCAUCAUGCAUGAUUGGGGUGCGCCAUUCUCAUGCUAUUGAUCAGAGAAUCUGUUGUUCAUUUAAUCUGGGGUUUUUUUAUUGCCAAUUUGGUAAAAUACAGGCAUUUAUUGCUGCAGAGAUAAUGACCUAGCAAUUUUGUUGGAUUUUUUCCAGUGAAGUAGUAUACAGGUAUUUAUAUUUGAUUGUGUGUGUGUGUGUGUGUGUGUGUGUGUGUGUGUGUGUGUAAGCUUAGUCUCAGUGACGCCGAGUGAUGGAAGGAGCGUGGUUGUCUGGCUUUGUGCCAGCAGGGGUCACCGCAGACUUCCUUCCUGUGGUCUCUCUCCGGUGACCACACUAAGCAGCGCUCACUUCACUGCUUUCAGUGGCCUCUUGUGCUGACGCUCUCCCUCCUGUACACAUUCACAGGGGGGGGGGGGUAGUCACACAGAAAAAGCCCAUGGUACAGACCUUUUAAAUGUUAAAUCUAAAGGGGCCAGUGGUGUGUGGGAAAAUAUGGGCGGUAUGUUAUGUGAUAAAAAAAGCAGUUGUGUGAUCAGGAAUUACUUCUCUCAGCUGCACACCAAAUUGACUUGUGGUAUUGUGAAGUGGAAGCAACUGGCUCUCGGUCAGAGCUCCUCAUGAAAUCUGAAGUUCAUAUUUCUAUUAAACGAAAGGAGAAGUUGGUUCAGGGUUGGGCUGGGGUGGGGUGGGAUGAUUAAUCUAACCAAAGACUGUAUGUAUACCGGUACGCUGAAUUUCUGCUAAUGUAAUUCAUUUUUGUGCAUUCUGAGUCAUGUCCUGUUUUUUUUCCUGUCCAGAUUGUUUUACCUGUAUGUGUCAUGUGCCUUGCUUUGUUUUCAUCUCACUGGUCUCUUGAUUUCUGCUUAUGUAAUGACACCAUUCAGAUGUUCAGAUGCCAUUGACCACAGUUUGGCAGAAGGCAGCUCAGUUCGCCUUUACUGGAAACACGUGAUAGGACUAGAAUAAUCUAAACACCUAAAAGCAUUCAUUGUAUUGAAUCAGUCUGUUUUCAUGAUGGCUUUCUGGCCUCAAACCAGGAGUUACACUGAGACUGAAUUAUAUCAGCAUGGAGCAAAAUUUGGCAACCACAGUUUUGAUGGUACUACUGCACACAUAUCAUACAUAAUGUCCUGCCAGUGUUGUGAAUUUUCUUGCACUUUCUUCAAAUAAGGUUCCACACAAAUGACAUGAUGGGAAAAUCCCUGUCAUUGGACGAAUGGACUCUGGCAGCAGUGCCUUAGGAGUCCCAACAACUUUUAAGUAAAUCAAGUGCUCCUCAUGAACUGUGCCGUGGUCUUGUAAUGGCCAUUUUAAUAAAAAACACAAUUGUUUAGAGGGCCCUGGAAAACAUGCGGAUCAGAGCCAUUUGUCUUGGACGUCACAGACCGACUGGUCUUGACAGUGUUCAUGCGGCCUUCUGUCUCCCAAACUGUGUAGUUCAUCCUGCUGAGUUUCUUUUUGUACUGAUGGUCUCAUUAAAUGGUCUGAUGAAAGUA